AUUUAGGAGGAACCCAAUAAGGGAAAAUGAGGUGCUCCUCAUUCAAGGUUUUUUCCCUAAUUUUUCCUUAUCUUUUUCAUCUCAUUGCUUCUCUCAACGGUGCAAAAGAGAAGGCAUUUUUAUUAUCCGAGAAUCAGAUAUGAUUUACAAGUUGUUAGUUUUCUAUCUUCAACGAAAUGGAGCAAAUAACAGAAGCAAAUGCGAGUUCUUCUCAAGAAUAUGAUCCUUCCACUCCUUUUUCAUCAAUGGAAAGUCCUACUAAUCCAGAACCUCUUACUUCGCCAUUCGUCAAUGAAACAAUUCAUUCUCCUCAUCAGCAAUGCGAAACAAAGGAUUCUAUAAUGUUGGUUCCAGAAACUUCUAUGUUGGAUACAUCGAUAAGUCCCGAAUCUGAACCAGACCAAUCAGAAGAUACGAAUUCUAUCGCAGUUGCUGAGCACUUAAAAGAUGUCGAGUUAGGUCGAGGCCUUAUUGAUACUGCAGCGCCUUUUGAAUCUGUUCGCGAGGCUGUAAGUAAGUUCGAGAGUAUUGUUGAUUGGAAAGCUCAGAAGGCCAUAAUUUUGGAGAGGCGCGAGAAUGUCGAACUCGAACUCAAGAAGGCGCAGGAAGAAAUUCCGGAGUACAAAAGUAAACUAGAAGCUGCAGGAGCAGCUAAAGCAGAAGCACUGAAGGACCUUGAUAGCGCCAAGAGACACAUGGAUGAACUUAAACUAAGCCUGGAAAAGUCCGAAACGCAAGAAACUCAAGCCAAGCAGGAUUCAGAACUCGCCGAGCUCCGCUUCGAAGAGAUGAAAAAAGGAAUCACCGGUAAGGAGAGCUUUGCAGCAAAGGCGCAAUUAGCACUCGCCAAAGAGAGGCAUUCGAAAGCUGUUUCGGAUUUGGUAUCGGUAAGAGAAGAGAUAGAAUCUCUCCAUGGUGAGUACAUUUCUUUAGUUAGUGAGAGGGAUAUUGCAAUAAGAAAAGCUGAAGAGGCUAUUGAUAAGUCUAUAGAGAUUGAGAAAGUUGUUGAGGAUCUUACUCUGGAGCUGAUCACAAUGAAGGAAUUGUUGGAUUCUGCACAUUCUGAACACCUUGAAGUAGAGGAGCAAAGAAUUAACUUUGCACUGGAUUGGGAUACAGAGAAUAAUACAUUGGAGAGUGAUCUUAGAAAAGCUGAAGGGGAAAUGCGACAGCUUAGCGAACAGCUUUUAUCGGCAAAUGAUCUUAAGUCGAGAUUCGAAACGGCUUCUACAUUGUUGCUUAAUCUAACAGCUGAGGUAGCUUCUUAUGUGAAAAGAGAAGUUUAUAAAGAUCAAGAAGGACCAACUAAUGAUAGUGACAGGAUAAGCCUACAAGUGAAGUUAGUGGCGGCCCAAAACGAGCUCAAGGAAGUAAAAGCUAAAACCGAGAGGUCGAAAUCCAAAGUGGAUCAUUUACGAGCCGUGGCUUCUGCUUUGAGAGCUGAUAUCGAAAGAAUGAAGGCAGCUGAGGGCUUCCACAAUGGCAUUGCACUUCCGGUAGAAUACUACAACACGAUUUGCAAGAAAGCCCGUGAGGCCGAGGAAAUUCGCAACAAGAGGGUCAUAUCUGCGAUCGAGCAAAUUGAGGUAGCAAGGAAAUCUGAAUCAAAAAUUAAAGAGAAGUUACGGGAAACAAAUAUGAAGAUCGAAGGGAUAACGAGAACGAUGAGAACUGCUUUGGACAAGGCGGAGAAAGCGAAGGAAGGGAAAUUGGCUUUAGAGACAGAGCUGAGGCAGCAGAGAGCAGAAUAUGAAUUGCGAAGAAGAGGAGGAACUGUUCCUGCUAUAUCUAAUUUGGAAAGAAACGAUGCGGAAAACUCUACAAAUUUUGCGAAAAUGCGUAGGAGAUCCUUCUUUCCGCAGGUAGUCAUGUUUUUGGCAAGAAGGAAAGCUCAGUCUUUGAGGUAAUGCAUUGCAUCACUUUGUUCUUUUUAUAUGGUAAUAAGAAUUCAGAACAAUUAUCAUAAAUUUAAGUGUUACAAUUUGGUAUUAUAUCUUGAAUCCUUGAGAGCUGUUCAUAAAUGAUUGCAGCCACUAUGCGCAUUUUUGUUGUUAUCUUUCUCGUCCAAGCUGUAGAUCUGUUAUGUUCUCUUUCAAAAUUUAGUCAAAAGAUUGAGCUUUUAUCAUUCUUGUCCAAUUGUUUAAUGCAUAG